GGAAGAGUUGUGAAUUUUCGGGAUGUAAACACUGCAUGAAGGAAGCGUCUUAAGGGUUUCAGGGUUUCUCUUAAAUAUUAUUUGCCUCUGUGCCCUGCGGGGAUGGGUGUAAAAGGUCUGCAGAGCUUUGUGGAGCGAUGCUUUCCAGAGGCCUGUGUCACUGUGAACCUGCGAGAGAUGGCCAGACAGCAUAUCGCUACAAACCAGCAGAGCUGUACGUCCACCAACAACAGUCCUACACUUGUAGUAGAUGGUAUGUCCUGCCUUCAACACUGGUACUCGUGUAGGAACUGGGUGUGUGGAGGCCAGUGGAUGGAGUAUACGGGUAUCCUGAAGAACUGGGUGGAAGCUUUUACCUCUGCAGGCAUCAAGUUGGUCUUUUUCUUUGAUGGAGUUGUUGAGGAGCAGAAAAGACCAGAAUGGGUAAAGAGGCGACACAGGGUGAGCAGGGAUAUUGUGAAAAUAUUCAACCACAUUAAGGAACAUGGAAAACAGCCUGAUAAGCAACUGUCUUGUCUGCCAUCUGCUCUGGCAACAUUUACCCCUUAUGCCCUCAGAUCACUGGGUCAGGAAGUGUUCUGCUCAGUGAGAGAGGCCGACUACGAAAUUGCCAGCUAUGCUCGUACACAUGGCAGCAUGGCCAUUCUGGGACAGGACUCAGACUUCAUCAUAUAUGACAGUGCCCCCUACUUGUCGGUAGCAAAGCUGCAAAUAAACAGCUUAACAACCGUCAUGUAUGACCGGCAGAGGCUCUGCAGAAACAUUGGACUAACAGUUACCCAGCUGCCUCUGCUGGCCUGUCUGCUGGGUAACGACGUGGUUCCAGAGGAGCAGAUGCAGCAUAUCAGAAACAAUGCUGCAGCAGCAUAUAGGAGAAGCAAUCCUGAACCAUAUUCCGGUCCUCCUCAUGGUCAGGUAGUACUGGCAGUAGCCCAAUUUGUAAGGUCUUUGUAUGCUUCUGAAGAGGAGGAAACUGGACCUGUCCCAUAUUCUCUGAAUGUGUCAGUUCCUCAAAGAGAGAUGCUAAAGAAGGGAGUCUGCUCCUACUUACUACCUGGACAAAAACACUAUGGACUAGUUGGCAUUUGUGCCCCACCGCUUGCCUUCGAGAAACACGUCACUCCUGAGAUUUUAAAGGCAUGUAGAGAGAAACAUGUAGCGGUGGAGGGUUUCAUGGUUUACAGUGUUAUGUGUGCUGGAGUCACAGAAUGCAGCAAUUCUCUAGAGGAUGAGGAGGACCAGGAAUUGCUGCCUCAGGCCCUUGUCUACAAGCUGUGCAGACAGCGCGUCUAUGGUUUACUCUUGCUCCUUGGAAAGGAUGACAGCUCUGUGGAUGUUCCAGCUAUCAAGGAAUGGUUUGUCUUCCCUGGAAACACUUUAAAAGAAGCCGACAUGGUCCAGCCUGUCCCAGUUAACAUCCCAAGUGCUCAACCCAAUCUGGACCUGUUAUGGUUUAGCACUGGUCAUGAGGUUUCUGCUCUUCGACUUGCGGCCUUCCUUACAGUUUUUGACUGCCUUGACUAUUCUGACUUACAUGGAAAGAUUGGAGACUCUCUACUGGCGGCCCUCUGUCUUGUCACAUACAUAGUGCUUCAGGUACAAAGUUUGUCUGAAGAGGACGUAGAUGCUUACCUUAGCCAAGCCGUGUGUCUGAGGCUGAGAUCGCCCCUGGAGCUUCAGCAGAUUGAGCUGCCCUUCCUUUCCAGUAGAGCGGUGCAGCUGGGAUCUCUCUACGUACGAGGACUAAGCCACUUGGUGGGAGCCAACAAUGCCAGUGGCUGCCCGCUGCCCAGUGCUGCUCUGAUGCCUUGGCACAGCUUUGACGGGCAGCUGUUCCACUCCAAGUACCUGCAGGCACACAGCGGUGUGGAGAAACCAGAGCUGCUUGACAAUGAUAUGUCUUGUCUUUCUCAGUUUGUUGGGCUAAAGGAGCAACUUUUAGAAACCUGCAGGAAGAGAGGCAGGGUCCUACAGUCUGAACCCAGAGUAAUAGAGAAAAGCAUUCAACCUCCACCUGAAGGCAGCUAUAGAGGCCCACACCCAGGUUCCCCUCAGAGAGUUGAUCGGGCUUGGAGAGGUGAGACAAAAAAAGACCUUCAACAUGGACAAAGAUGGAGGGAGAGGGGAGAAGGUUGUAGAGAACAGAACUAUGAAAACCCAGAGAGAAUGCAGUGGAGAGGAGGACACAGAGGAGGAGGACGAGGUCAAAGCUUCCACUUAUAUUCUGACUCCUAUGAAGGAAACCGGCCUCCUAAACAGCCCAGAGGUGGACGGUACCCCAACAGAGGGAGAUACCAACUGGCUCCCAGAUGGCAACAUCCUCCUGGUCCCUGAAUAUAAUUCAAGCCUGAAGAGAGAGGAGCUAAGGAUCAAAGAGAGGGACUGUUAAAAUGAAGAAGAUAAAAAUGUGUUGAAAAGGACAAGAUCAAAUUUCUCUGAACAAACCGAUCAGCGAAUGAUCUGUCAGGAAUGUUUGUCUAAAGGAUGUAGUAGGAAGAGAAAUGGAGUUUAAACAGGAAACAAAGGUAGUGGUGUCAUGGUACGCUAAAAAGAAAGUGCUGCAGCCUUUACCUUCUGAACCUUUUUUUUUAGGACAAAAGGCAACAAAGAAAUAAUAAGAAAAAACAUUUUCUUUAGUAAUUAUAUUUUUUGAUAAACAUGGAGCUUGUUUUUGUCAGGUAUUUAUGAUGGCAAAA